CAGGGCAGUCCGGUAUUGAACUGAACUGAAAGAUCAUCGACGAAUUCGAUAUCGCCAACCGCAGCGCGACCGACGUUUUGUUGUUUUGGCUCGAGCUCUCCGGGGCCUCGCUGAGUGUGUUUUGUCCCGGCUCCCGGGGGUGGUUUUUUUUGGUCUGUGUACGCAACCAAUUCCUUUCGGUUGGCCCCGAACUCGCGAACUCGCGCUACACUUCCUGUGACGUCGCGGACGAACGGUACCGGGCCGUGUGAAUCCUGUGUGUGCCGUACAAUCUCGGUCGCGUGGAUCGGUACCAGUCGGUGGUCGGAUACUUUUCCCACGGUGGCAAUUAAUUGUGUGUGGGUGUAAUUUCCAUACAAUUCUGUGUCGUUUAAAGUGAUCAGUAAAAAUAAAAAAAAAAACAUGUUUAUGUUUCAAAAUAGUUCUGUGUGAGACGUUAAGAUAUCUACAAGUGAACUUGUUCCGUUGUUGCGUUGCUCGAUUGGGAACGUCGUGCAAUAUUAGUGAUCCUAUCAAGCGAAAAGCAGCAGCAGUAGCAGCGCUAAUGAGUAAAUUAUAAAGACAUCAAAAAGCGGCAUCAUUUACCAGGGCCGACACUAAUUGGUGGGACGUUCGGUGUCUCCUUAGUGUGUCCUGAGUGUGUGUGUCUGUGUCAAAACGCUUGUUGCCAGCACAAGCCCAGCAGCAUUGUAAUAAUAAUAAUAAUAAUAAUAAUAAUAAUGAUGAUGCCGCGAAAACGCGUGUGACAAUUACAGUGAUAAGUGAGUGAAGAACGAUCAACCGCGUGUGCGUGUGCGUGCGUAUAUGUGUGCUUUUAUGUUGGUGGUCGAUCGAUCAUAAAAAAGAAGCAGAAAAGAAGGCAAAACGGGACGAGGCAGCUCCCGAUCGCGACGCCCCCGGGUUGCGCGUACUGAUUAUGCCGCUGUUGGUUGCGCCGAGAAGUUCGCAUGGAGUGGCGCUCGUAGACCACCAGCCGCUUUACCGUUUGCAGCCACCACGGUCCGGGUCGGUCGAGCUGGAGCACCAAUCGUCGCCGCCGCCGCCGCCGCCGGAAGGGAACGGGGUCGCCGCUCCGCCGGCCAGGGCCGCCGACAGUGCGGUCGAUUUCAGCAUGUCCAAGUUUAAGGCGUCCUCGCGCCACUCGCUCUAUCGGCAGUUUUACGGUGGCGAUGAGUCGCCACCCUACGAGAAGCCGACGGAAGAGACAGAACCCGCCGAGCCGGAAGGGCGCGAAAAAUCCUUCGGUAAAGUAUGGCUCAACAAUGAGGCGCAAUGGCACCAUCCGAUAGCGAUGGCACCUGGACAACCGCCCACUCCCAUCGUGCCCGGACCGCCGUUGUCCAGUGGGCCACCACCGCCACCGCUCAACAUGUCGCUGCCGCCCGGCUCCUCGAUGGCACUGCACUCGGUAACGCACCAGCCGUCCCUGUACCUGAACCCGACCAGCCUGAUGAGCCUGCGGGACAUGAUGCUGCAAAGCCCGGCCGGCCUGAGCCUGCUGAACGCGGACGCCGGCGGACCGCUCGGGCUGCUCAAGCGCAGCAUGCUAGAAUCCAUGCCCUCCAGCUCCUCGCCCUCGUCCUUCCCGCUCGGCAGCAUCUCCUCCAGCCCGAGCACAACGGCCACCUCCACGUACAGCCUGCCAUCGAUAAUUCCAACGACCGUUGCAUCAUUAUCACAGCAGCAGCAGCAGCAGCAACACAACCUCAACCACCAUCACCACCACCACCAGAUCAAAAAGGAACGCGACGAAUCCGACAUCGAGAUGGACGGGGACCGGGAGGAGCUGGACGAAACGUUGGCCAAACAUCGGCGCGCACAGUCGCCCACGUUGCCCGCCGGCCUGCACCGGCCCCAGCUUUCCCUGUCACCAUUUCGCUCAUCGCCGCCAUCUUCCUACUAUCGCACGCAGCAGCAGCAGCAGCCAUCGUCGGCCAUCGAUCAGGCCGGCUUACCGCAUCGAUCAGCGGCGGCAACCGUCUCCCAUCAGCCACAUCUCUAUCAUCACGCUGCCAGCAGCUCGGCGACAUCCGCGACGGUAGCCGUCGCCGCCGUCGCCGCCGCCAUCCCGUCACAUCAAAGGCAUCCGCAUCAAAGGGAUUCCGCUGAGCGUGAGCUGCAUUUAAAUGCGAGCAUGAUGCGAGCGGCGAAAAACGAUCGCGACUCGCAGCCGCCACCACCACCGAACCACGGGGAUCAUCCGUCACAGCUUCCACCGCACCUGCUGCCGCCGCCCGGGUUUGCGAACCGAGCAGCCGAGCUGGAAUUGCUUCGUGACGGGGGGCUGGGCCGGCCCGGGCAGCCCGAUUCGGAUGGUGAACGUGAGGAGGGCAACAGAAGGAAACAGGAGCGAGCUGCCGGGGGCCACGCGGGGUCCAAGCGGGCAAAGGCGGGCAGUGGGGAUGAGUUUGAGCUGCAUCGUGAGCUGCGCUUCGGUGCAAUGGCGUCCAAAGUGGUGGAGCAUGACGCGACGAAUCAUGUGCAAUCGCGAAGGAAGGAUCCGGCAACGCGCAGCAAGUCAUCCUCGCCCGAUCUAAGCAUAAAAACACCAAAAUCACCAACUCCGCCCCGUUCGCAUGACGACAUUGACAGCGACCGUGACGAUGGCAGCGACCGCGAGCACCUCAGCAGCCCUAUUCCAAACGAGCGUCCGGAGCGAACCACGCCACUCAAUCUAAUCACAGAUUCAUCGCGACGGACACCCUCACCACCCGCCUCCAGUGCCGUGCCGGGCGGUGGGCUGGGAGUCGCCCUGGCCGCCCUACAGAACCAUCUGCCCCUCAGCUCACUGUUCCUGCAGAACCAGCUCGGGCUCGGUGGACUGGCCGGCCUUUCCGGACAAGACAUCGGCAUGCUCCAGCAGGCCCUGCAAGCCCAGCAAGCAUCCCUCCAGCAGCAGCUCCAGCAGUACAUGCUGCUGCAGGUACAGGGAGGAGCAGCGAGUGCGAACGGGAAUGCUGCAGCCGCGGCCACGGCUCAAGCGCAGGCCGCCGCUCAGUUUCUCAUGCAGAAUCAGCUAAAUCUAAGCUUUUCCCCAACGCCCGGCACGGAUUGUGCCACCAAGCAGCCCACCAGCAAUGGGAGUGCCGCCGUCAUCGUCAGCGAGGGACAGACCGUUUCUCGAACUUCGAUGCAGGUCCAGCAGGCCGUUGCCCAGCUGCAGGCCCUCCAGAAGCAGCAGCAGCUGAAACCGACCAGCUCCACGCCGACACCGGGCGCCACCGCCACCAGCUCUCCACUGCACAGUCCCUCCGGCAGCCCGGGACUCCAUCACCACUCAACCCAGACGGGCGCCAUGCUCGGUGCAAGCCAAACGACACCGCCGAACGUAAGCCAGCUAAACGUGGGCGGCAUACUAACCCCCUCCACGCCCGGCUCCGGUGCGCACACACCCCAGCUGCAGAAGCAUUCCGCCGCGCCACGUGCCCUCGAACCGUCGCCCGAAGAAACGACUGACCUGGAGGAGCUGGAACAGUUCGCCAAAACGUUCAAGCAGCGCCGGAUAAAGCUCGGCUUCACGCAGGGCGAUGUGGGGCUGGCGAUGGGCAAGCUGUACGGAAAUGACUUCUCGCAAACCACCAUCUCCCGGUUCGAGGCCCUCAACCUGAGCUUCAAGAACAUGUGCAAGCUAAAGCCGCUGCUGCAGAAGUGGCUCGAGGACGCGGACAGUAGCAUCUCCAACCCGGGCGGACGCAUCUUCAGCCCCGCCGCCCUCUCCAACACGAUGGCCACGCCGGAAACGAUGGGCCGGCGGCGCAAGAAGCGCACCUCGAUCGAAACGUCCGUCCGCGUGGCACUGGAGAAAGCGUUCCUCGUCAACUGCAAACCGACGAGCGAAGAGAUUUCCACCCUCGCCGACAACCUGUGCAUGGAGAAGGAGGUGGUGCGCGUGUGGUUCUGCAACCGGCGGCAGAAGGAGAAGCGAAUAAACCCACCGAACGGUAUGGACAGCCCGACGCACUCGUCCGCCAGUGGAGAGCUAUUCCCGGCCGGGCUCGUGCCCGGACUGUCCUCACCUUCGUCUGCCACAUCCGGUGGUGGUGGUGGUGGUGGUGGUGGUGGAGGACACCACUAUGCACCGCACCUAUCGCUCCAUCAUCACAGCGGGAGCAUCAAGCAGGAAUGACCGGUGGUGGUGGUCGAGCGAGCGCUUGGUUGGCCAUCCCCACCGUCCCCGCUGGAACGAGCGCCGCAGAGCUACCUGCACUGAAGCAGGGACCAGGAUUUCGGCUGCUACUGUGGAGGGGGGGGGAGGCAACAUAUCAACAGUAUCCCAACACAGAAGGUGUAAUAAAGAAGAGGGAGAGAGAGAGAGAGAAAAGUAGAAGCAAAGAAGGGUAGUAAGUAUAUAUAUAUACGAUAUUUGCAGGAUUAUGUGUAGUAUCUGUUUAGCUGGUAAGAUGCUCUUAGCGCUAAUAUAGUCACAGUUUGAGGUAGUAAUAGUAGUAGUAGUAAUAGUAGCUCCUGACGUAGGUGAUAAGGGUGUGAGAUACGAAUAGGGAACUCGAGCUGUGUGUGUGUGUGUGUGUGUGUGUAGCCCUGCUCAACAGGGGAGCUCUCAAGUACUACGGUAUACCAGGGUUAGCGGUACUACUGGUGAAGUGUACUCAAUGCUUUGCGAAUACGGAUGUGAAACAUUCCGUUCCAUCCGUUUCGACGACCAUUGCUGUUCUUUUCUCCUAGAUCAAAUACGUCAUGUACAUAAAGGAUCGUAUCAACCAGACAAGAAGCCAAGAACUCGUCACGAAUUUUCAAAAAAAAGAAAAAAGCUAAAAUAACACAAAUUUGUUUGCUUUUCCAAUGUCCAUUCCUCCCUGGUUGGGUUAGUUUGGGUUCCUUAUAAGAAAACACUACAUCGAUUACAUUCCAAUUGGUUUUCCCAUUAAAAGAGCUUCUUCCCUAUAGUAGGCUCUGAAGACAAGUAGCAGAGAAGCCUGGAGAGAUAGAGAAAGAGAGAGAGAGAUAUCCAAAGAACUUUAGUUUAUUACGACGCGGAAAUGCCGACGAACGUUUCGUACACUUGAAUACAAAGCUAGUUAAAAGACGAACAAUCCUUUAGAUUGGAUUUAGAGGAAGAUGUGUAACGAGUGAACGCAAACCUUAAUAUGGGAGAGAUACAUGUGUACCGCACGCUACUGCUGCUGUGUGUGUGUGCCUGUGUGUCGUCGCUAGAAAGAGGCUCUUGAGAAGUGAGAAAAGUCGGACGAGAAAAGAAAGGAACAAAGUGGAGAGUGGAGAGAGGUUGACUUUUAUCACUGCGUGCGUGUCUUCCAUUAUAUACGAACCCCCUUUCUCCCCCCGCUACCACCAGGCAAUAGAUGAGGAUUUUGCCCUCCCCCCAAAAUAUCAUCCCUCCCCCUUUCCAACCCCCCCCCUCUGAACGGAUUAAUGUUCCUAAAGAAACAUACACACAUAAGCCAGCAAAUAGCCAAGAAAUGGGAAGCUGACUUAGGAGCCGUAAGUGGGCUUGGCCAACUAAGCUAGUGUGUUAGAAACAAAAGCGAGCCAGCGCCGCAAGCUGUAAGAUGUGUAUUAUUGUUUGUGUAAGUAAAACAAAAUGGGAAAAGUUUAAGAAAAAAUACGAACAAGACACUCACACACACGCACAUACAUUUACAUAAACUGUAGAGUUUAGUGGAAAAUCAUCAAUCGUAUCACACACACACACAUAAAGCACAAACUGCCAAUGCGUGUGAUAUGGUUCAUCAUUUUCCCUAUGAUCGCCAGAAAACGAUCGAGAUCGAGUGUAGAUCGAAGGAAAGGAGGUGUGUGUGUGUGUGUGUGUGUGUGUGUGUGUGUGUGUUUGUGCGUGCUACUUGUAGAUAACAAUUUCAUGAGCAACGAAAUCUGGGGAAUCCUUUACUCCCUCACCCUUUUUUUGGGAAUGUAUGUUUGUUUGUGUGUGUGUAAAUCCCAAGGAAGGACAGACCAUAUCCACGUUAGACGAAGAGAAAAGAUAUUUAAUUUGUUACUAAAGUUAGCAAUCCGAGCGAUAAAAUGCGGGAUUUUUCCUCUUACGUCUUUUCAUUUGUCUCUACAUUUGUCCCUUUCUCUUUUCUGUUUUUUCAAUGCAAACCCCGUUUGCCCGUUCACUUCUUGUAUCGAUUUUUUUUUUGUUUUGUGUUUUUUUUUUUUGCCAAUUUUUCCAAGUGUUAUUUGCUGCUGCCCCAAAAAAUGCUUUUUGAUUUUUGUUUUGUGUUUUUUUUUUACUGUGUGUAGUUCGUACUGCGUUCGUGUUUCGUAAAUAUAAAUACUAAUUUUCCACUCCCGUUAUAAGCAAAAAAACAAACAAACCACGAAACACACAUAAAACACACACACAUACAGUACACUUCCCAGUUUUGUUUUUGGCGGGGAAAUUGAGGUUUAGUAGGAGCGACUUCUUAGUGAAUUUUGAGCGUAUUAAAUGUUGUAAAGCAAAAGCGAAAGAAAGGAAAGAAAGAAAGGAAAGAAAGAACACAUAACAACAAAAACCCGCGAAAGUUAGUGUUUGUUAACACAAAACAAGCUGUAAAUAGUAAACAACAAACAAAAAAGUGGAAUAUUGGAAAGAAAGGGAAAAGUAAAAAGAAACUCACAAAUAAGAAUAUGCAAAACAACAAAACUACACACCAGAGUUUGCGGCAGGAGGAGACGAAUUUGAUUAGGCGGGAUAUUAGUGGAAAGUGAGAAAAGUGAAAAUAAAAGAAAGUCCUAAAUAAAAAAAGAAAGUAUGUAAAAACAGAAUUUUUCACAAUAUAAAAACAAAAACAAACAAAACAACUUUUGUUGCUGUUCGGAUGAUUUUGCUUUUGAAAGAAAGAAAAACUAAUUUAACUUUGCAAAGAUACAAUACAGAACUAUAUUUUUCCUUCCAUUCUUCUAUCGCUGUUCCUCUCGCUUCGUUUCUCUUUUAUACAAAUACAUGCUUUUUGUUGCAUUCGAGAAUGUUGUUGUUUUCUUUUGUUUCCUUUUUUCUUCAUCGCUUUUAUGCAUAAAAUGCAUUAUCGUUUCCUCUUCUACUAAACCGUUGUUUUCUUCUUUUCUUUUCUUGCUUAGGUUUUCACUUCUCAUCCAGGAGCUCUAAGGGAUAACUUAUAGGUGACCUCUCCUCCUCUGCAGCUUCUUCGACUUACGAACUAUAUUUAUAUAUAUGUUGUUGUUUUUUUUUUUUAUUUCGCAAACACAACCCCAAAACUGUUCCGAGAGAAGGGAGAUAGAGAGUUAUACAUACAUUAUAGCGUUUUUUUGUUUUUGUUCUGGUUUUGUUUUCUUUUCUUGAACAAACGUGCCGAUUUGGCUGCCUGUUUUUUUUUCUUCUUUUCUUUUUGAGGAUCGUUCCUAUCUUGUUCGAUUAUGAUUUUGUAUCUUUUUUAAGGGUGUGUGAUUUAGUUUGUUUUUCAAGCUAAAUUGUUUCGCAAAGUAUGUGUUUGAAUAUUGAUACCGUUUUCUUGUUUUUUUUUUUUUUGUUUCUUUCGUUUGCAUUGGCUUUGUUUGUUAAAUUUUAUAGCAUUUUGCGUUGUGUAAGUGUAGGUUUCCGGUUGUUUUUCUUUUUUUUUUCUUUUCUGCUACUUAUGUAUUUGGUAAAUAUAAUAUUUUUGUUUGUUUUUGUUUUUGUUUUCGUCAUAUAUAUUCUGUAUGCGAUUGUUUCGCUCGCGGUCGGUUCUAUUUUAGCUGGUCGGUCCGGAUUCGCCCAAACUCUCCACUAGCAACACACGGGCGAAAUGGAGUUGGUGUUGAGGGGGUUUUCAGCUGCUGCUGCUGCGGGUUGUUUUCUUUGCUGGAUUACUCCUUUCUUUGCUAUUAUUUUGGUGUAUACUAUCUAUACUGCACUUAAGGGGUCGUGUUGUUACCGUUUGCACAAUCGUUAUAUAGGCGACGCUACUACUCGUUCUUCCGUCUCAAAAACAAACCCGGGGGAAGUUCUGUUUCGAUUCGAUUUGCUUGCAGUUCUUAUUAUAUUGCACAUUUUGACACAUCGUAUUAUGGGGUUUUCUCUUUUUUUUUGGUGUCGUCGUCAUCGUUCUACUUGGGUUUGGCUCUUUGCAGGAAACAAUAUUAGCUUCUUGCCCCUGGAAUCACAUCCAACUUCUAACGCACACACACACACACCCCGAGAUACACACUCAAGGGUUGUGUUGUGUGUGUUUAGUACAGCCUUCAACAUAGAAAUCUUCUUCCUUUCUUCUUCCUUGCCUCGUAUCCAUCCAUGCCCUGUCUGGAGGCUAUCGCUUCGUCUUCGUUACAUUACAUUUCGUCACACGUACACUCGCACACAUACACGUUUUCUAAUAUAAAAAUAAAUUGCUUCAGUUUCGUGACAGUUUCCCGCGCCUAGAUCCGUGCUCAACCUACGAUCGUUUACGGCCUGGGACCAUCAUCAUCAUCAUCAUCAUGGGGUGGUUUGUUUUUCUCACUCUCACACUAGUAGUGCUAGGCAAAAGCGUUUGUUUUACCGCUACCGGUACCUGUUUCUCACUUGCUUUUGGUUGUUAUAUACUUUUAAAUCGAAACACUCCUCUAAUCUACCGGGAAACGUCGUUCGUUGACUGGGCCGAAAACAGAAACAGAGCGGGGAAAGGAGUGAGGGGCAUUUCAGGGGAAAAACAUUCAAGAUCAUCCCGAACCGAUGCAUUCACCUACAUACAUCCGCCGUUCGAGAGCAGGAGAUCAAUGCGAUAAUAAUGAGGAAACGUAUUCAAAUUGGGGGGAAAUCGCCAUCCAUCUCUACACGUGCUCUACAAUCAACUAAACAUAAAGACAACCCUGCGAUCUGCAAUCAUUCUACUCUACUUGAUCAUGUGGAACGCAGGGUGGCCGGUGCGAUACGAUUGUGCCUGCGAAUGGUGGGAUCGUUUGGCCACGGUAGAGAGAGAAAGAGAGGAUAGAAAGAGUUGAAGGACACCUAUAUGCUAAUCGUAUCCAUGCGGUUAUCUGUUGUCCUACCGUUUUUGUGCCCCUUUUGCAACGCAUAUUUCUUGCUCCUCUCAUUCUUCUACUUUUUACUUGCUUGGUCGGUACAUACAAAAGCUAUAAAACCGAAAAUCUCCGCUAAUUUCUCUGCUAACUGGUCACUGCUGUUUUUUAUACUCUCUUUCCCAGCCAAAUCUUGCCAUCAUGGUUCCUGUUCUACGUCCGCUACGAGUGGACCUGAGUGUGUGAGAGAGAGUGUUGUGUUAACACACGACUGUCCCUGAUGUUGCUGUUUAUGUACUCCCCCCUCCCCCCCCCCCCAUCCACUAAAAAAGUGUAAUAAUUAAAUCUUAAAAUCUACAGAGUUUCUUUUCGCUUUCUUCCCGAUAGUUGACUUAUCGCGUUCGAUCGAUUCGGGUCCUCUGGAUCGCGAACCCUCUUGCAACAACAACAACAACAGCAACGAGAGGGGGGACACAUUUGAAUGUAAUAUAAUAAGCUGGUAAAUAAAACUCCCCUUCCCCUCUCUUGUCAUGACCCUACUCGUCUAUAUAGGCUGUCUCGUGUUGUGUCUAAGCGUGUCGUCGUACCUAUCUACCUACAGUAGUAGGAGCUUCUUCUUCUUUUUCUCUCGCAGCUAAGCUAAACCUACUGUAAAUUUGCCUGGAAUUUGUGUUGUUUGUUGCCUCGGAAUCGCAAAUCAUCAUCAUCA